AUAUAUAAUUUAAUAUACAAAAAUUCACAUACAAAUAAAAAUGAUAAAUACUCCCUCUGUUUCUGAAAGUAGGAUUUUCUACAUUUAUUUUUUGUUCCAAAAUGAUAGAUUUUCUAAAAUUUUAAGGUACUUUUAGUAAAUAAUGUUGAAAAAUUGUAUACUUUUAAGAAACAUUAAUUGAAAUAUUUGAAUUGGUUGAAUACUAUUGGUUGAUAUUUAUUGGAAAAUGUAUAGAAAAUAAAUAUUAAAUUCAAUUGUAAAAAAUUAAUUUUUUCUUAAUAUAUGUGAAUACUCUAGAAAAUUCUUCUUUUGGGAACAGAGGGAGUAUAACAAAUUUAAAUAUAUUUUCUGCGCGUAGCACGGAGAAAGGAUCUAGUAACCUAUAAAGAGUCUUCGUUCUUCUUUGAUUUGUUAUCUUAUUAAUGAGUCUUUUGAUUUGGGACAGAUUUUUGAACCGGGUUUGAAGUGGGAUAGAAGACUGGAUGGGAUUAUGGUUAUUAUGAACCGUUUAAUUUUUUGUACUUUACAUGUUUUUAUUUGAAAACAAAAAAAAAAUUGAAAUAUUAACCAAUGAAAACAAAAAGUGAAAAGGGAAUUUCCUUUUUCUUUGACCAAACUAAGCCGGAGAAGGAAAACACAAAACUGACCAGGAGCAGGAAAAAAAACCUAAAGAAUGCUCUCUAUAUAAAGAGAUUAUAAUUUGCUUUUACUAAAACAAAAGUUUCUCUCGAGGCUCCCUGGUUUUGAAAAAAAAAGCUUGAAACAUGAGAAUCCUCCGCAGGGAUUUUGUUCGUGAUGGACCAGGAAGCGCUAAACUGAUGGCAGAGGACUCGGAUGAUCUCUGGUUUACUUAUAACUUGAUUGCCCCCGGCGAUAGUGUAAUGGCUGUCACAUCGAGAAAGGUUCUGAGAGAGAGAGGAAAUUCUAAACGUGUAGACUCUGAACGUGUUGACUCUAAACGUGAAGACUCUGACUCUGAUCAACGUGUUGACUCCAAAAAACCUGUAGGCUCUAAAAAACGUGGUGACUCUAAAAAUCGUUUAGACGCUGAGCUUGACGACUCUAAACCUCUAGUGUCUGAACGUCUGACACUGAAGCUAGAAGUACAAGUUGAGGAGGUAAACUAUGACAAAGACGGUGGUGUUUUGCGCAUACUUGGGACGAAUAUCCUUGAGAACGAGCACGUACCGCUUGGUGCAUACCAUAGUUUGGAGCUCGUGCUGAAACGACGUUUCCUAUUGAGGAAAAAAAUAUGGGAUUCAUUGGCUAUUGAUACACUCAACCAGGCAAAACAUCAUAAUUCCAGUUCUGAUUUAGCUGUAGUUCUAAUGCAAGAAGGACAUGCACAAAUCUUCCUUGUCGGCAAAAGUGUGGGAGCACCAAUAGAAACAUCAAUCCCUAAUCGUAAGCAUGCUGGUUACGAGGCUGCGUUGAAGAAAUUCUUUGAGAACGUUGUGCGUGCCUUUGUGAAACACGUUGACUUCAAUGUCGUUCGGUGUGUAGUGAUCGCAAGUCCUGGCUUUACGAAGGAUCAGUUUCAUCGCCACUUGUUGUUGGAAGCAGAGAGAAGACAGUUGAAACCUAUUACUGAGAACAAAUCACGUAUACUUCUGGUGCAUGCAAACUCCGGAUAUAGGCAUAGCCUUGGAGAGGUUCUGAGUGACCCCAAAGUGAUGAAGAUGAUCCAAGAUACAAAAGCAUCGAAAGAGGUGAACGCUCUCAGGGAUUUCUUCACCAUGUUCGAAAAGGAUCCAUAUCGGGCAUGCUACGGACCGAAGCAAGUGGAGUUUGCUCAUGAACAAAAGGCAAUCCAAACACUUCUCAUUACAGAUGAGCUGUUCAAAAAUUCUGACGUGAAAGAAAGGAAGAAGUAUGUGGAUUUUGUGGAGUCGGUGAAAAAAUUAGGAGGAGAGGCUUUUAUAUUUUCUUCGAUGCAUGUUUCAGGUGAACAACUGGCAAUGCAUACUGGAAUUGCAGCUCUUCUCAGGUUCCCUUUACCAGGUCUCGAUGACGUUGAGAUGUAACGAUAUUCUCGAUUUUAGAAAACAAUAGGCCUAGUUAUAGUACUAGAAUAAGGGAGUUUGAUCUAGCUCGAAUUUUUUUUAAUUCUGUUUUACAAAAUUAGAUAUUAUAUUGAAACCGUUUCUGUUAUGGCUUAAAUUGAUUUGAAUUUGAUUCAUUCAGUUCUUGAGUUCCAAAUGUUUUCUCAUUUUGUGGACGAACAGUGCUUAGAGAUUCAAAAGAUUUGUUUACUUGAUACAAUCUCAAUGAUAUAUAACUAUGUUUUGGUUUCGCUCGCACGAUAUUGUUGAAAAAAAUAUUUUGAAAAUUAUCUAGUUUACAUAUAGAUACACCACUUUAUAAUACUGUAUUUAACUAAAUCAUAUAAGUAUAAUGGUUACUGGAAAUAACGUUUAUAACUAAAAUCAAACUAUAUUCCUUAUUUCAGUUUGGUGUAGGUCAGUUUAAUCAGAUUUUUGUCAUAUUAAAAAAUUUAAACACUAAAACCAAAAAAGAAUAGGAUAAACGGAAACCUACAAAUAAGUGGUGGAUGGUAUUGGACUUUGUCUUGGAAUAUAAUCUAAGAGACCCAUUUGCCUCUUAAAAUAAAUCUAAUGUCUUAGAACUGUUUUUACUUUUAUUUUCCUAUUGCUAAUUGGUUUAAGAGCACCAACCGACUCAUAAUGGGUUUAGAAAGUCCAAAUUCUAUUACAAAAAAAAAACUCCAAAACCAAAACCAACUAAAUCUACAUCAAAUAGAACCCAAAUACAUCAAAAAUAAAGUCUAAUACACUUAAGGACGUGGUUAGACUAUGGAUGGGCCAUGGUGGUCGAUCAUUUAUCUUCAUGGACCGAUAAGGUCUUUUUCAGCCAAAUUCUUCCUAGGCGCUCGUCCAUAACUUGAACAAAGUGUUGAAAUUCUUCCUGAUAAGCAUUGAGACAUGCACAUAUUGUUGGCCCAACCAAGGAAAUAAGUGGAACGAGAUUAUCCUCUUUUUGGGCCGAAAGAAUCUUGUUUUGUCCAUCUUCAAUUCUAGUCUGAUCCGGCACCUUCUUGACUUGAUUGGUUUGUUCCUCAAGCCCGCUUGCACGAGGAAACUGAUAUCCAUAGGUCAGACUGAGCUCAAACAUGUUGCUCCUCAUCUCCUCUCUGUUUACGUCCCGUUGGUUGCACCUUUAUCUCCAUGCGCAAGUUCGUCCAGUUCACCGUCGAUGAUUCAAUCAGCUCGUCCUCUCAAACUCGUCCAAUUGGUUGGCAGCUUUCUUGUUCAAGUCGUUUCCAAGCCGUAUCAAGAUUCAUUUCUCUAUCUCGGUCCGGAACCUCAUGAUCAUCCCAAUAAGACUUUGAAACCGUCCUUUUAGCUUAGCUAAUCCUUUCACUGGACUCCAUGCAGUUUGGAACUAAUCGAGCUGACCAGGAUCGUAUCACAAGGAGUAAUGCUAUAAGUGAAGAAGUUCAGAUGAUAGAUAGGACUAUAACAUGGAAACUUGUAGACAAACCCAUAAACAAAAGUAACAUAUUUUGAAGCGGUUAUAUUGUAUCAAGAGAGAUGCAUAUAGACGUAUAAUAAAGUACAAAGAAAGGUUCAC